AUGGAUCUAUAUAUUUCGAACUAUACUUCUGAUGACGAUAUGGCGAUUCUGCGCCGUCGAUGGAUAGAAUUACUUCCUCUUGUAGUUGGGGAUAUUGUACAUGUAGAAAACCCCGAGGGGUAUUCCUAUCUACUCGAUCCGAUUAUUCCUGGUCCGGGUUAUGUUGUAACUUGGUACCAUCAACUGCACUGUCUUUUUUUUCUAAUGAGCGAAUACGAUCGUCUUCUUCGGCAUGGACCAAAUGGUAAAGAGAGGUCAAUACCUGCAGGUUCCUCUAGUAUACAUACUAGGCACUGCUUUGAAAUCUUGCGUCAUUCAAUUCUCUGUCAUUUGGAUAUGACACUAGAAGGUGGCAGUGCGCCAUUUUUCAAUGGAACUACAGGAUUCGGUCACGCUCAUGUUUGCCAAAAUCGGCAAGAAGCUAUUGACUGGAUGGAGAAAAAUAGGGCCAAUGACAAUAGGAUGAUUAUUAGGGCAUAG